AUGAUUGAAGAAAUGAUGAGUCAGGGAAUUGUGACUAGUGUGACAUGUGCGCUAGCAGAAACAAUUGGGAAAUAUUCGGACGAUAUUUUCGAUUGGUAUAGAAGAGAAUUAUAUACUACCAGAUCCAGCCAAGAUACGACAUACUCCACAUCUGAUGUCGAAACCAAAGAGUGCAAGAAGAUGACGACGUCAACCAAUAAAACUCUCCAUGAUCAUCGAGAGCCCAUCGACAUUUUUAACCACUCGAAGAAAUUUUUAGUUUCUUACGCUGAAAAUUUCAAAGAGUUUCUCCAGUCAUCGACGAGUAAAAAGCUGCGUUUUUUUUUCCAACGAGCCAUAAAUCUACCCAUUAAUUCGCUCACAGUAGGUAGCGGUAGUGAACUGACUGAGACUUACGAUAAGUUGAGAUCCGUUUUUGAAGGACAAGUUCCAACAAGUAUCGAUUAUCAUUCAGAAGGGAUCCACUUUUGUAAGAAUCUAUUUGCCAAAGCAGUGCUACAGCAGGGAGAAAACUUGGUAUCCACUAAGCCUGAAAUGGCUUUUGGUUUGGCUGCAGUUAUCGUAACUUUGUGCAACGAUAUUCCAGAUUUGAUUGAGCUUCUUUUGGCACACUUGAGGAUCAGCUGCCCAUAUCUAUGUCCAGUUCUGUUAGACCAAUCUGAAGGACAAAGUCCUGAGGAUUACAAAAGAUCUUUGGGCUAUAAAUUUAUAGAUGGAACCAUUGAAAAGAAGGAAUUUUAUCUCAACAGAAUGUCGGGGAUUAUAAAGUUAUAUGCGGCAAUUAUCGUUGCGAGAUUGAAACGUAACGAAAAUCGCCGUCAUCCACAUGGUCUGGAGAAUGCUUGGAGCUUGUUAAAUGUCUUAAUAAAUUUCAAGCUUGUUCCAGAACAUGUGGAUGCCAUAGCAACGGUGAUCCACGACAUUCUGCAAACUUGUGGCUCGUCGAUGAUUAAGGAGAAUCCCUCCCAGCUAAAAAUUUUAAUCAAUAACAUAAAUGAAAAUUAUUUUUCAGAGUUGAAGAAGAACGGCGCAAGUCCAGGUCCAAUUGGAAGACUGGGAUUGAUCAUCGGCCUUUUUUAUAAACAAGGCCAUUUUCCGGAGCCUGAAGGACAGCUGCCAAUUGAGUUCUGGUAA